UAGUUCCGGCCGACGAAGCUGAAGUGGUUCGACGGUCAAGUGGCACUAUGUGGUACGCCCGAACGGUGCUCACAGUCCGCGCCCGCGACACAUCCGCAAUCAACGCAAAGCGCUCGAGCCUCGAGCUCGUCUCUGCGCCACCGCCGCAAUCAACUCAACGCGCAAAUGGCGCGCCACCGUCGGUACGAUGAUACGAUGGUGUGCCACAUCGAGAUCCGCGAGACAGGGGCCAGCGCCGGCCACGGCAGCAGCAGCUACGGCAAUGGGGCGCUCUGCGACGACGACAAAAUCGAGGUGCUGCGCGACGGGGAUGGUGCGACGAUCCUGACCGAGGGUGGAUCGGGCUCGGACGGUGAUGCGUGUGCGAUGGAGGACCGCUUUCAGUCACGGGCACCACCCAACGGCACCCACCGGUUGGAGGGUGGCAACGAAAGUUUUUCGCAGAGCUUCCGGCGCUGGUCGAGCAAUUUCGGGCGAAGCGUGAAAAACAACAAGCGCACCGUGUACAAUAAAACGAUCCGCCUGAUGCCGUCGCGCAUCCAGAAGACUCUGUCGAUCGAUGGCGACCUCAUCACGACGGCCGGGUCGGACGUGGACCACAUCACGAUGGAGCUCGAGCAGCGCGAACAGCUGAUGGACGACAAUCCGAUCGCCGAGCAGCUGCGCAUCGAGGCGAUCAAAUCGAUCGCCCAGCGGAUCGCCACCAAGCGCCUGAUACGGGCUCAGCUCUCGCAGACCGUCAACCGGCGGGCGACGCGCGCCAAGUCGAUCGGUCUGCUGCGCUGCUACCGUUACCGGGGCAAGGUGAUAGCGGCCCGGGCCACCAAGCUGCUGCACAGCUUCGUCACCAACUUCGAGCUGUUCUACGGAAGCAUGAAGCAGAUCGAGGGCCACUUCGGUAGCCGCAUCAGUGCGUACUUUAAGUUUCUCCGCUGGCUGCUGGUGCUCAACCUGACGCUGCUUCUGCUGGUUGGCUCGUUCGUCACCUUUCCGCAGCUACUGGCCGGACCGUCACCGGGUACGGACAGCCGACAGCCGCUAGCGAACGCCCGGGACCACUUCCACCUGGCCGAUCUGUUCACGGGCGAGGGCUACUUCACCGACUCGGUGCUGUACUACGGUUCGUACAGCAACCACUCGUUCAGCCUCGUGCCCGGCACGGCCGAGUACAGUUUGCCGCACGCCUACUUCCUGACCAUCACGCUGCUAGCGCUGGCCACGUUCGUGGUCGUCUCGGUCAGUAUGGGCCGCUCGUACCGGAUCAGCUUCAUCGAGGCGAGCGCCACCGUCCAGAACAUCCUCACGCACAAGGUGUUCUGCGGCUGGGACUACGGGAUCGCGAACGCGAAGGCGGCCCGCCUCAAGCACGCCACCAUCCGGCAGGAGUUGCGCGAGCACCUGGCCCACCGGGCGCGGUCGCCGACCGUGGCCGGCCGCUGGCAGCACGUCCGCAGAACGGCGUUACACGCGCUAGCCCACGCAGCCGUCCUGCUGCUGAUCGGCGGCGUAGCCGCCUGCCUUUGGGCACUGCUGGUGACGUGCGGCGAAACGCCACACUUUGCGGCCUGGUCCGCGCUCUACGUGUCCCUCGUUGCCAACGUCACGAUGAUGGCCGGGCGGUACGGGUUUCGGGUGCUCGGGCGCCUCGAGCAGUACCGCCAGCUCGCGACGCAGCUCAACAUCCAGCUGCUGCGCACGUUUUUGUUGCAGCUCACGAUCAUCGGCGUGCUGGUGGUGUACUGGUUGGCGCAAACGCACGACGACACCGGCUGCUGGGAGACGGCCGUUGGCCAGGAACUGUACCGACUGGUGGUGGUGGACUUUCUGCUCUCGACGGUGCUGCUGCCGGUGGCACGCAUCGUCCGGUACGCGUUGCACCGCCGCUAUGGUGCGGCCCUCGGGCCGCCUCCGUUCUGCCUCGAGUCGCACAGCCUGGGCCUGAUCUACAACCAGACGCUGCUCUGGUUUGGGCUGCUGUUCGCACCGAUGCUCGUGCCCGUCGUCGCCGUCAAGUUUCUGCUCGUCUUCUACGUCAACAAGUUCGAGCUGAUUUACCUCUGCCAGCCACCGACGAAGCUGUGGCGCUCGAGCCAAACGCAAACCAUUUUCCUGGUGCUGGUGUUCGUGUCGCUGUUCGCGGUGCUGCUCACGCACGGCUACAUCAUCACGCAGGUGCGCGUCAGCGAAACGUGCGGGCCGUUCCGUGGGACGCAGUACAUGUACCAGCUGUUCAUGCAGGGCAUACUGAAGCUGCGCGAGGAGCACCUUUUCUGGCGCGCGUUCGUGUACGUCACCAAGCCCGCCAUCAUCGGGGGCGUGCUGCUCGCGAUGAGUGUGGUCGCGUACUACCUGCGCGCGAAAUCGCGCGCCCAAAUCGCUAAGGUUAAGCUGCUCAAGGAGCUGCUGUGCAUGGAGGCGAAGGAUAAGGAGUUUUUGCUGGCCAACCUCAGCAGGAUCGCACGCGGGAAGGAGUGCGCCAGUGAAAGUCGGCGUGCGGAAGACGGCGACGAGUGCGAGAGUGAUCCGAGCGGCACCUGGCGUUACGAACCCCCAGAGGCGGUAGCGGCGGACCCCUUGGCUAUCGGCGGGCCGAGAGCGAGGAACGCUCCGAGAAGCUGCGCAUGAGACCGGGGGCCGCGUAACCGACAGUGAGCCAUGCCCUCCCAUUUAGCCAUGUCUCACUUACAUUACUCCCACAAUUUAUUGAACGAAGUUCAACAAUAACCUAUAAUAACCAGUAUAGCAAAUGAGGCCAUCGAAUGGCCACAUACUCUCAAUACCACCUGGCGGGGAUCCAGAGCCUAAUGAGUGCGAGGAUUAGUGCCUUCUUAGCCGCAUCUUCAGACGCACUCAGCACCACCAAAGCCCUGAUAAGAUCGGUUAUCGUCAAUCGGACCCGAACUGUACCGUUGCGGCAAACAGUAACAAAGUAUUAUAAAAAUCGGGUAAACUGCUGUCACUUUUAUGUAACUUCGUGUGAUUGGUUCGCGGCGCAAUCCACAAGGGACGUCAACCGUACAACGUGCUGGUCCCGUAGGCUUUUAACUGAACUUUUAAUGAUGCUGUAACAGUGUGUAGCCUAUUUAACGCAAAAUCAAGCAUAACCGUAUGUAUGACUUGAUACACUGAAAUCGUUGAGAACCAACAAUUGGCAAAGCGCAACGGUAUGGC